AUGUCUCCCUCUCUGUCACAGGCCAACAGUAAGCUGGCGAGCUGCCUGACGUGUAAAACUCUGAUCAAGACGGGCGAGGUGCUGCACAGCCUGGGGGCGUCCGGCACCAUGGGCUCCUACUGCUCCGUCAACUGCAUGAACAAGAGCAAGAUGGCCUCCACCUCCUUCAUCGCCUCAGAGCCUACGUGUCACUUCUGUAAGAGGAACUCUUUACCGCAGUACCAGGCCACGCUGUCGGAGGGAAACAUCCUGAACUUCUGCAGCUCGCAGUGCGUCACCAAGUUCCAGAACACCACUCUUCAAACGGCCACCAACGGACAGGCGGCGCUCUCCACCAGAAACAACAGCGUGCAGCUGAAGUGUAACUACUGUCGAGGAGCGUUCAGCCUGAGGCCGGAGGUCCUGGAGUGGGAGGAAAAGGCGUACCAGUUCUGCAGUAAGACGUGCUGCGAGGACUACAAGAAGCUGCACUGCAUCGUGACGUUCUGCGAGUACUGCCAGGAGGAGAAGACGCUGCACGAGAUGGUCAAGUUCUCCGGAGUCAAGAGACCCUUCUGCAGCGAAGGCUGUAAGCUGUUAUUUAAGCAGGACUUCAUCAAGCGCCUGGGUCUGAAGUGUGUGAGCUGUAACCACUGCAGCCAGCUGUGUAAGAGAGGUUUGACCCGGCAGCUCGGAGGCAUGACGCGAGACUUCUGCAGCGAGGCCUGCGCCAAGAAGUUCCACGACUGGUACCACAAGGCGGCGAGGUGUGACUGCUGUAAGGUUCAGGGGAGCCUGACGGAGUCCGUGAUGUGGAGGGAGGAGAUGAAGCAGUUCUGCGAUCAGGACUGUCUGCUGAAGUUCUACCUGCAGCAGAACGACCCCAUCAUGGUCACACAGAAAGGCCCCGAGAACUGCACCGUGGCGCAAGGGGUCAAACUUGGGAUGGUGAAUCAGGGAACUCUGGCGUACGCUGGUGGAGGUUUGAUGAGAGACGUGAAGAACAAGGCGGUGCUCUGCAAGCCGCUCACGCUCACCAAGGCUACCUACUGCAAGCCUCACAUGCAGAGCAAACUCUUACAGACAGAUGUAGACGAUGGUGUGAAGAGGGAGUAUAUUCCUGUACCGAUACCUGUGCCUGUCUUCAUCCCCGUACCCAUGAACAUGUAUUCCCAGUUCACCCCCACUCCAUUCACUCUGCCUGUACCGGUCCCUGUGCCUGUGUUCCUGCCCACCACCCUGCAGGGGGCGGAGCAGCUCAUCCAGACCUUCAAAAAUCUGAAACGAGAGGCUCCCUCAGAACCUCCGGAGGCCGAUAAGCUCUCUGAGGCCGAGGUGAUUUCAGACGACGAGAAGCCAGGUACACUCAUGAUGUCUCCAUUGAUACACAAGAGAUGA